CCUGCGCAUCUGAUACUGACUCAAACGAGGUACUUCCCGUACUCUCGCCAAUCCAAGAAGAAGAGCCACCGUGGCGCAAUCACUGCCCGCAUGUUGGCCAACCUCCUCUCGGUUGCUGGAGUGGACCAUGUGAUCACCCUGGAUCUACAUGUGAGUCUUCAAUGGCCGUUGGGGACCAUCUACCAUACCGCCUUCGUCUGGAGUUCUUACCAAGGUGUGAUGAAUCUAGGCAUCGCAAAUGCAAGGUUUCUUCGGCAAGCCCGUGGACAACCUGUUCGCCGAACCCUUCAUCGCUCGAUGGAUUCGCAUGAACGUCCCUAGCUGGAGAGAAGCGGUGGUUGUGAGCAAGAAUGCCGGUGGCACCAAGCGUGUCACCUCGCUUGCCGAUACCCUGAAGCUCAACUUCGGUAUCGUCACGACCGAUAGACGGCGUCCCAAGGUCCCAAUGUCGAUGACGGACAGCACCGUCUUCUUUGACUCGAUUGAGGAAGAGAGCACGACCUCAUCAAAAGAUCAAGAUCCUUUCGCUCUGCACAUCCACAGCGCAGCUAGUGACAAUGGUCAGGCUGACGAGCCGCGUGAGGAGUCCAGCAUUAACAUGGAAUCGCUCGUCGCGGCCAACCUGUUGCGCCCCGAGACCCCGACCGGCGCUCGCCGUCCGUCGGAGUUGGAAGCGGCACACGAGUAUACCGAUGUUCGUGUCCAGGACGUCAUCACCGGCCGACUGGUUCAGGGUCACCUGGUGGAUGAUGACUAUCCUUCUACCGGUCCCACUUCUGUACCUGCUUCGGGCGAAACAACCCCAGGUCAGAAUGCGAGCGGCGAACCUUCGGAGGCGGUUCCCGAGUCGAUGAUUAACUCUCUCAUCUCGACCACCCCUUCCCUUCCCGGCGACCACGCGCUAGGCGGCUCAUUCGAUGCUGCCGAGUCCUCCGACGAGGAGGGUAGCGUGGGGCGUCACGCUGAGCAAGAGAAGACCAUCACUCUUGUCGGUGACGUGCGCAACCGGACCGUCUUCAUCGUCGAUGACAUGAUCGACAAGAGCGGAUCCUGGGUCGCUGCUGCUGAGACUGUCGUGAAGAAGGGUGGUGCGAAGAAGGUCUACUGCAUUGCAACUCACGGUCUCUUUGGGGAUGAAUCCCUGGAGCAGAUGGAGGCAUGCGAGGCCAUCGACCACAUUGUCGUUACGAACACAUUCCCCAUCGCUCCCCAAGUCGCGAAGAAGUCGAAGAAGUUGAUUGUCAUUGACAUCUCAAGCCUCUUGGCCGAGAGCAUUAGACGCCAUCACUAUGGCGAAAGGUUAGUUCCUAUCAUUCCACAGUCUCAAUUUUAAAGUAUUUGCUAACGGCUGCCAUAGCGUUUCGGCUUUGUUUCAUCUAAAUGAUUAGACCUCCCGACUAUUGAGUCCCAUUUUCAAU